AUGACUAAAAAUUUGAUAUUUAGUUCAGACGACGAACUACAAAAUAAUGAUGAUACUAUUAAUGAUAUUCAUGGAUUAUCAAAUGAUAAAAGUAAUUAUAAUUUUACACGUGGUGCUAUUGGUAAUAUUCGUUCUUCAUUCAAUGGUGUAAAUGAUAAUGGUUUUGAACAUGAUGUUGUUAAUAAUGAUAUUUCUUCAUUCAAUGCUAUAAAUGAUAAUGGUUUUGAACAUGAUGUAGUUAAUAAUAAUAUUUCUUCAUUAAAUAAUGAUGUUUUAGAAUCUAAUUCAGAUGAUGAAGCACCUGAAUAUUAUCCAUCAAAUGUAUCUGUUCUAUCCUCAUCAACUCAUUCGUCGUUAGUGACAUCCAAUGAUCUUAUAUCUAACGAUGAUAAAGUUGUGAAAAGCUCGAAACGAAAACGUCGUCAAUGGUCAAUUGAUGAAAAACUUGGAAUUAUAAAAGUAUUUAAAUUAAAUCAAAAUAAACAGAAAACAGCUACAGAUCAUGGAUGUACAAGAGCGCAGUUACGAAAAUGGUUAUCAACUGAACAGAAAUUAAUUAAUCUUUCUAAAGAAAAAAAAGGUAAAAAACGACGACGAGUAGGUGGGGCAGGCAAGAAACUUAAAUAUAUUGAACUUGACUUGCUAUUACUAGCAUGGUAUCGAGAACGUCGAACUAAAUUUGAUCCAAAUUGCAUCGUACCACCUACUGAUAUUCGACGUGAAAGAGUUACCUUCAAACAAAUUCAACGACAAGGUGUAAAAAUUAGUGUUCACUUGAAACAUGAAACACCUUCAGUUAAAUGGUUCUAUCGAUUUCUUAAACGUCAUUAUUUAUCUUUACAAAAACCAAAACGAAAACAAAAAAUUCCUUUAGCCUUUCAUGAUAUUGGUUAUACUUGGACAGAUGAUUCACCUGUAUCACUUCGUGCAAUGCCUGGCUAUAUAUUUGAUCCAACAGCUGUUGAUUGCUCAUUGUCAACGAAUGAUGAUUAUGAUAAAGAUGAUCGUAUUGAUAUUGUUGCUGAAGAGGCAAUCUCAAAACGACAAGCACAACAUUCACAAGCUACAUUAACUCAAUUAACAAUUAACAAUAUGUGGAAAAAUAAACAUUAG